GCUGCGAUGGACCUAAAUGCUUCACCCCUGCCCGAAGAAGACGAUGAUCAUCCUUUAAAUAAGAGAUGUCUUGAAGACCGAAUAGAAUCGGCAGUUGAGAUUGCAAGACGGGAGCGUGAAGAACGAAGGAAACGAAUGAGAUUUGACAGGCCAACCAGGAUCUCUCAGCCCGUCUACCGUGAUCAGUCUUACCAGAAAAGAGAUACUAGAGUCUAUGACCAAAGCAAGAUCCCUCAAGGUUGGCUUGAUUGUCCUGGUUUUGGUCAGGAGAUAGGAUGCAUUAUUCCUUCUAAGGUUCCCCUUAGUGAAUCUUACAACGAACAUGUUCCUCCUGGCAAAAGAUACUCUUUUAAACAGGUGGUCCGUAACCAGAGAAUUAGUGGACGAAAGCUUGGUCUAGUGAUUGAUCUAACUAAUACUACUCGUUACUAUCCUACAUUAGAAUUAAAGAAGGAUGGCAUCAAGCAUGUUAAGAUCGCAUGCAGGGGUCGUGAUGCUGUGCCAGAUAACGUUUCUGUAAACAAUUUCGUCAACGAGGUUAUUCAUUUCAUCCUUAAUCAAAAACACACAAAGAAAUAUAUCCUCGUCCAUUGUACGCAUGGGCAUAACCGUACAGGGUUUAUGAUAGUUCAUUAUCUUAUGCGCUCUACGCCUACGAUGAACGUUACACAGGCACUGAAAAUGUUCUCUGAUGCCCGACCACCUGGGAUUUAUAAACCAGAUUAUAUUGAUGCUUUAUACACUUUUUAUCACGAAAUAAAGCCUGAGAGUGUUACUUGCCCACCAACUCCUGAAUGGAAGAAGUCUGCUGAGAUUGAUCUUAAUGGUGAAGCUGUUCAAGAUGAUGACGAUGAUGAUGACGAGGCUCCGAGUGGCCGUGUUCAAGUAAGCGUGGAAAAUGUGAAGAUGUCAAAUGAUGACGUUUUAGGUGAUGAAAUACCCCAUGGUCAGGAGGAAGCUUACCGGCGGUUCUGUAAUAAGAUUCUUUAUCCAAAUAAAAAGCAUACGACAAAUAUUGGGGGAAGAGGAUGUACACGAUUCCCAGGUUCACACCCAGUAUCGUUAGACAGAGAGAGUUUGCAACUUUUGAGGCAGCGGUACUAUUAUGCGACAUGGAAGGCAGAUGGAACACGUUAUAUGAUGCUCUUAACUAUAGAUGGGUGCUAUUUGAUAGAUAGGAGCUUUAAGUUUCGGAGGGUGCAGAUGCGUUUUCCCUGUAAACACUCACGUGAAGAAAUUUCUGAAAAAGUGCAUCAUUACACUUUGCUUGAUGGAGAGAUGGUAAUUGAUACUCCAAAGGAUGAAGAAGGUCAGGCAAGGAGGAGGUACCUCGUAUAUGAUCUGGUAGCAAUCAACGGCGAAUCAGUCGUAGAGCGGACUUUCUGUGAAAGAUGGAACAUGCUCGUGAAAGAAGUGAUCGCACCCCGUGAUGCUGAGAGGGGGACAAGUAGAAAUUGUUACAGAUACGACCUGGAGCCUUUUGGAGUCCGAAUGAAGGGUUUUUGGUUACUUUCCACUGUUGAGAAGCUUUUGAAGGUUACCAUUCCUUCGCUUUCGCAUGAAUCAGAUGGCCUAAUAUUUCAGGGUUGGGACGAUCCCUACACUCCCCUAACCGAUAAAGGUCUACUGAAGUGGAAAUAUGCGGAGAUGAACUCAGUUGACUUUCUGUUCGAGAUGGAUGAGAAUGAUGGGCGAAGAAUGCUCUUCUUGCACGAAAAAGGAAAGAAAAAGCUUAUGGAAGGCUAUUCGGUGGAGUUUGGAGAUGAAGACUUGAACCCGGCCACUUACUCCGGAAAGAUUUUAGAGUGUAGGUGGGAUCAAAAGAAGCAAGUUUGGGUUUACAUGCGGAUCAGAGUUGAUAAACCUACACCAAACGAUAUUGUCAUCGCUCAUAAGGUGAUAAAAUGUAUAACCGACAACAUCACCGAGCAAGUGCUGCUACAAGAAAUAAGAGAGAUCAUUCGUCUCCCAAUGUACGCAGACCGCAUCAAAAUUGACAGCCGAGCUGCUGCGGCACGCCGAAGGUGA